CUCGUACUUAGUGGUGGCAAUGUUUGCAGUCCAGCACACAAGCUCUCCAUCGUCCAUAUUGGGAGCCGCCAUAGGGCUCGAAGCUCUCCCCAGACCUCUCGACACCACAACCACAUCUAACCCCAUAUCUCAUGAACGUCACGAGAGUCAAUGGCGCAAUGGCCACAUGACUCUACAAGAGAUGGAAGAGAAGUCCUAGAGAUACAUAGGAUAUAAAGGCUACUCCAGGUUCGGAGCAUCUGACCCAGACCUUUUUAUUCUCAGAAGAUUCGCGCCAGAAAGUACUCGUCCAGCCUUGUGGUUCCAAUACCAUGUAUCUGAAGCUUCAGAAAGUUUGGAAAGAAUUGAUGCGAGACAAAUCAAAGGGACGUGGAAGAUAUCCACAAAGGUUCGCUUCGAGACGACCCCGAGGAUCGAAGGAGAGCAUUGGAAACUCUUCUGGCCGCAAUAUCAAGAUACACAUUAGUCGACAAAAGCCGUGUCUUAAGAAUUGGGUGAGCAGGACAGAGCUGACAUAUAAGAAAGAAUAUAAAAAUGGGACAAAAUGGGACACGUAAUUAUUCGGAAAACAACCUCUCUAAUCCGUAUUGCUGGUGAG